UAAAUAUUUCAGGAAGUACUUGACUUUCCUACAGGCUGCUGACUGGGUUGGAGGGGAAGGUUGCCGUGGAUGUGUGCCUGUAUCAAGAUACUCUGAAGAAUAACAAUGUUCUUUUGGAAUGCCUAAUGUUGCAAAAUGACUACCCCCAAUUCUAGCAUCUUCCACUUUGCCAUCAUCUUCUUGUUAAUACUUGAGAUAAGAAUCCUAUUAUCUGAUGAAAGUGAGUUUUUAGUUAAUAGAUCAAACACAGGUCUCCUCCAUAUUCCCAAAGAUCUAUCUCUAAAAACAACUAUCUUAGAUAUAUCACAAAAUAAUAUAUCUGAGCUUCGAACUUCUGACAUCCUCUCACUAUCAAAAUUGAGGAUUUUGAUGAUUUCUCAUAAUAGAAUCCAGUAUCUUGAUAUCAGUGUUUUCAAAUUCAACCAGGAAUUGGAAUACUUGGAUUUGUCUCACAACGAGUUGGGGGAGAUUUCUUGCCACCCUACUGUGAACCUCAAAUACUUAGACCUGUCAUUUAAUGCAUUCGAUACCCUACCCAUAUGUGGAGAGUUUGGCAACAUGUCUCGGCUAGAAUUUCUGGGGUUGAGUGCCUCACAGCUACAAAAGUCUAGCAUGCUGCCCAUCGCUCAUUUACAUCUCAGGAAGGUGUUACUGGUCUUAGGAAAUGCGUAUGGAGAAAAGGAAGACCCAGGGAGCCUUCAAGACCUUAACACAGAGAGUCUGCACAUUGUUUUCCCCACAAUAAAGGAAUUCCAUUUUAAUUUGGAUGUAUCUGUCAGCACGGCAGUAAGUCUGGAACUGUCUAAUAUCAAAUGUGUGCGAGAUGAUAGUAGAUUUUAUUUCUCAAAUGUUUUGUGGAAACUUCAAAGAAACCCAAAGUUAUCAAAUCUUACUGUAAACAAUGUCGAAACAACCUGGAAUUCUUUCAUUAGGAUUCUCCAGUUGGUUUGGCAUACCAGCACACAGUAUUUCUCAAUUAAAAAUGUGAAACUACAGGGUUACCUUAGCUUAGGAGAUUUUAACUAUUCUGGUACUUCACUGAAGGCCUUGUCUAUAUGCCAUGUUGUCAGUGACACGUUCAGUUUGCCACAGAAUGUGAUCUACACAAUCUUUUCAAAUAUGAACAUCCAGAACUUCACAGUGUCGGGCACCCCCAUGGUCCACAUGCUCUGCCCAUCCCAAAGUAGCCCAUUUCUGCAUUUGGAUUUUUCUGAUAAUCUCUUAACUGACAUGGUUUUUAAAGAUUGUGAAAACUUGACAAAGUUGGAGUCACUUAACUUACAAAUGAACCAGCUAAAGGAACUUGCAAAUAUAAUUCAUAUUACCAAGGAGAUGAAGUCUCUACAACAAUUGGAUAUUAGCCAGAAUUCUCUAAAGUAUGAUGACAGCAAAGGAAAUUGUUCUUGGACUAAAAGUUUAUUAAUUUUAAAUAUGUCUUCAAAUAUACUGACUGACUCUGUUUUCAGAUGUUUACCUCCCAGGGUGAAGGUCCUUGAUCUUCACAGCAACAGAAUAAGGAGCAUCCCAGAGGAUGUCAACCAUCUGGAAGCUUUGCAAGAACUCAAUGUGGCUUUCAAUUCUUUAACCAAGCUCCCUGGCUGUGGUGCUAUGAGUAGCCUUUCUGUUCUGAUCAUUGAGUAUAAUUCAAUCUCCAACCCACCUGGUGAUUUCUUCCAGAACUGCCAGAAGAUGAGGUCAAUCAGAGCGGGGAACAACCCAUUCCAAUGCACAUGUGAGCUAAGAGACUUUAUCCAAAGUGUAGGCCAAGCACCAAGUGAGGUGGUAGAGGGUUGGCCUGAUUCUUACAUGUGUGACUAUCCAGAAAGCUCUAAGGGCACCCCACUGAAGGACUUCCAUGUGUCUCCACUAUCCUGCAACACAGCAUUGCUGAUUGUCACCAUUGUGGUCACAGUGCUGGUCUUGGCCAUCACCGUGACUGCCCUCUGCAGCUACUUUGAUGUGCCCUGGUAUCUCAGGAUGGUGUGCCAGUGGACCCAGACCCGGCGCAGGGCUAGGAACAUACCUUUAGAGGAGCUCCAAAGAACUGUCCAGUUCCAUGCUUUUAUUUCAUACAGUGGGCUCGAUUCUUCCUGGGUGAAGAAUGAAUUACUGCCGAAUCUAGAAAAAGAAGAUAUACGGGUCUGUCUACAUGAAAGGAACUUUAUUCCUGGCAAGAGCAUUGUGGAAAAUAUCAUCAACUGCAUUGAGAAAAGUUACAAGUCCAUCUUUGUUUUGUCUCCCAACUUUGUGCAGAGUGAGUGGUGCCACUAUGAGCUCUACUUUGCCCAUCACAAUCUCUUCCAUGAAGGAUAUAACAACUUGAUCCUGAUCUUGCUGGAACCCAUUCCACAGUAUUCCAUUCCUAGCAGCUACCACAAGCUCAAAGCUCUCAUGGCACGGAGAACCUACUUGGAAUGGCCCAAGGAGAAGAGCAAACAUGGGCUUUUUUGGAUUAACUUAAGAGCAGCCAUUAAUAUUAAGUUGACGGAGACUUUCUAAGAAAUAAAUCAUACAUAAACCUAAAAAUAUUCCUCCUUUUACUGCUGCUGCUCUUGGAAAUUCCAACAAUGACUUUAUUUUUCAUUAACAUAAAACUAAACACAACUUUGAAUUUGUGAUGUAGAAAAAAAGUGGGCACUUUCAUGUUCUAUUUCACCAGUUAUACAUAGUAAUAAAAAUGA